CUGUAGUGUAUGUGUGUCCACCGCAGACAUGGCUUAUAUGUUGUCAUGUUUCCCUAUUUGUGCUAUAGAGCAAUGAGAUGUCAGUGGUCUUUAUGGGCUGUGGGUGCACAUGGCUGUCAGUAAGCGCUCUAACUGCUCUUUUGCUGUCCACAGCACCCAACCUGAAGGGCCGGCCCCGGAAGAAGAAGCUCUCCAUCUCCCAGCGGCGAGACUCGCAGGGGCAGGGCGGUACUGCCAAAGAGACCAACGGUGUGGAGGGCAAGUCUCUAGUCAAGAUGAAGGGGGACUCAAAAUCAGGAGUGUCCAAACCCAGGAACAACAGUAGUGGAAGCAAUUGUAAAAAAGUGACGCCUGAGGAUAACUUGAAGGUGGAGAUGGGUGAGGAGUGCCGCACAGAUGAGCAGGCCUUCCUGGUGUCGCUGUAUAAGUACAUGAAAGAGAGGAAAACUCCCAUUGAGAGGAUACCGUACUUGGGCUUCAAACAGAUAAACCUUUGGACUAUGUUUCAAGCGGCUCAGAAACUGGGAGGAUACGAGGUGAUCACAGCGCGCCGACAGUGGAAAAAUGUAUAUGAUGAACUGGGCGGCAACCCGGGAAGCACCAGUGCCGCCACGUGCACACGAAGACACUACGAGAGGUUUGUCUCCUCAUUUCCUCAUUAG